AAAUUUUCAUUCAUAAGAAAGGGGUAUUGUAUUGUAUUGUAUUUACAUCGAAGGUUCAAUCGGAACUUAAUAUAAACAAUCAACUGAUGAUAUUGACGCCGACCGCCAUAGCUGCAGCUUCUACCAAGCUUCCCCCUCUUUCUUUUCUUUUCUUCUCUAUAAAUUUACCAAAUUACUGCGACCAUAGUAGAGCUUACAAUUCAUCCUGGUCAACAAAUUUCUCAAUCGUAGAUGUUGAAUCCUUAUGCACUAUGUCUCCAUUGAACUCCUCCGAUUUGCAGAGGAUUUUUGAAACGAUCGAUAGAAAUGGCGACGGCUUCGUGAGCAUGGAGGAGCUCAAUUUGCUGCUUAAUCGAAUCGGCGUGGACUUAGCUUCGGAGGAUCUGGAGUCAUUAACUGGUAAAUCGAAGAUUGAUUUGAAUGAAUUCUUGUGUCUUUAUGAAUCGAUAUCGGAGAAAAAGGAGGGUGAGAACAGGGGAAGCGAGGAGGUUGAGAGUGAUCUUUUGAAUGCAUUCAUGGUGUUCGACGAAAAUCGCGAUGGUUUCAUUUCGUGCGACGAGCUUGAGAAUGUGUUAGUGAGAUUGGGUCUUUGGAAUGAUGAGCGCUGUGGUGGCUGCGGUGGUGAUUAUUGUAGACGUAUGAUCGGAGCGUUUGAUAUGGAUUUGGAUGGGCGGAUUGAUUUUCAGGAAUUCAAGAACAUGAUGAACUCUUCCAACUCGCCUUCUUAGAUUGAUGAUUCUUAGUGAGUUGGAUUCUUUUUCAUGUUGAUGUUAGCCAUAGGUGUGAGUUUGUUUUUUUCUUCUUCUUAAAAUUAAUCUUUUGAGUUAUGUUAGUUCCA